AUGUGGGGUUUCUGCUUUCUCCUUCUCCUUGGAGUGAUUUCGUUUAUCGAGGCGCAAAAGGAUGUAUCUGUUCCAGGUGGGACACCCGAUUGUUUGUGAAGUUCACUUCUAAUCCGUGAUUCUAGAAUGUGCUACAACCUGUUGGGAAAAUACGAAAUACGUUACCAAGUGUAUGAAUGACAUAUUCUGUCUUUGCGAAGACGCUGGAUAUCAGAAUGUUAGUCAAGCCUAUCAAGGGUCAUACUCAUGAAUGUUUUUAUAACCGCAAAGCUAACCUCUGAAAGUCCCUCUUUCAAUGCCUCUACUCUCAAUGCGACACAGUCCAUUUUGGCUCCGCACUCCACUUUGCAAUCUCACAAUGUGUCGAUACCGGUUCCCAGAUCGUUUACGGAGUUCCCCCUAUACCGAAUCAUGAUUCCCUUCGAAAACGCAAGGAAGCAGAAUACCUGGUUGGGGGGAAAGAAAAACGUUACGAAUCGGGUAUUUCAGGAAUCGCAUGGUCGACCGAAAGCUCUGGUUACUCUCUUCGAAGCGCCGGUUUUCCACUGGAAAGCUUUGCGUUCCCGACACAAAGUGCGAGUUAUCUUACGCAAAGUGCGAAUUUCCCAGUACAAAGUGUUGUCAAUUCAUGGGGUGCUAGUGCAAUUCCUUCCCCGACGCCCGAUGUUUUGCUUCCUCGAAGAGUCAAUUACGUGUAUGCCACUGUCUCAACGAUUGUCACUGCCAGAACGCCUUCCACAACGAAAUCUGUCAAGUCUUUUCCAACAUACGCCAAAAGAAUUGUUCAUACCGGUGUUACUAGCAAAAUCGGCCCAUGUCUUGCUUUCCAUGCUCUGUCGACGGUAGUGGCAAUCUACCUCUCACUUUGA